GACCAAGUCCUAUGCUCUGCAGUCUCUGUGGAUCAAUGGUAGUGCCUCCGGUUAAUCAUGAGUCGGGAACCUAAAGAACGACAGGUAAUGAGCUUCGUUUUCCUUCGUCACCAAAUUAUCUGUGGGCAGGGCCUAGGCCCAUAUAAAGCCGGGUCCGGCUCCUCUACAGUUUUCAUCAAACCGCAUGAAAAACAGUCAAGUGGAAGGGCACCGUUUGAGGUGCCUUUUGUAAUUUUUUUACAGUCCAUACUAAAAACAAUGUCAUUUCCAGCCUUGAAAUCCCUUCUUUUUCCCCCACUUUCUCUUAGUCGGACUGAUUGCUUCUCCCGCAUUCUUCUUCCUCAACUCAGUCGACCUCUUCUUCGUCAAAGUGACUGCUUCUUCAAACCAGUGAACGCCAAAAGUCAGGUAAGUCUAUGGGAUAUUUGGAGUCCUAAGUUGAUCGGGUUUGGGUUGAGUCCUGAGACGCCAGGUAAUUCAUGUUUUGUGGUCUUUGGAAAUUAUAAUGAGGCUAUUCCUUUUAAUAAUGAGACUGUUUUUUAUUUUUUGUUGGCUUAUAAGUUAAUUGAAUUUGAGAGUUAAUGAAGUUGUUUAAUCAUGUUCUUGUGAUUUUUUUUUUGGUUGUUCGCUUAUAAUAAUGAGGUUAUUUUUUUUUUGUUGGCUUAUAAGUUA